ACGUGAAAUGAAACUAUCUCUAUUUACAAAAAGAAUUUGUUGUGUCUAUAUCUGUUUAAAAUUCUUUGUGAAAUAAAUAUAAAAAUGAGUUCUGGUGUCACUAAAUCACAAAUCUUAUCUCUAUACAAGCAAUUGAUGAGAGAAUCGCAGAAAUUCCCUAAUUACAACUUCAGAUCCUACGCAUUAAGGAGAGUGAGGGACGCCUUCAAAGAAGCAAAGAAUGUAACGGAUCCCAAACUAGCUGUAAAGGAAUUUAAUUAUGCUAAAGAGAAUUUAGAUAUAAUUAAACGCCAGGUGCUUAUUGGAGAGAUGUACCGAACAGAGAAGUUGGUCAUAGAGAAUGUACGAUAAAGAUGAUAGAAUUUGACAGCGUAUGGACCAAGAACAAUGAAAUUAGCAGUUUUUUUUUUUUAAUUUACCGAUACCGUGUCAGUCAUCGGUACCGUUGUCAAAAAGUUUUUAAAAAUUAUAUCAAAACAAUAUUAGUUAGACGUUAUCUUUAAAUCAGUUAAAAUAUAAUAAAAUAGAAUGUUCUAGAAGAUAGAGGAAAGUACCCGAAAGAUGUAUAUGGCAGACAUAAGGAACCAGGCUGUUACUUUGUGAUCUAUAGACAGGGACAGCUUUAGUGUACUUGGUGCAUCUAAGCAAAGCCCGAAACCAUAAAAAGGUCACCUUUGAAAGUGUUAAAGAUGGCCGGCUUAUCUAUUUGUUUUUGUUGCGUUCUUUUAAUAAUCCUGUAGCACCUCUUACAUCUCAGCGUCCCGGGGGACGGCCCGACCACGCUCCCCAUAAAGUCGGCCCUGUUUACAAGCCGCCAUGUUAAUUUUAUACUGACGUCCUGUAACCUGUAGCGUUUCCACAAUUUUAAUGUAAUAGCAACCAUUUUAACUCCUGUAACUGUGUGUGUAAUGUCAUGAGCGGUUGUGACGCGUGUGCGAGUGUGGCUCAUAAUUAAGGAUCACGAAUUGAUCCCGAAACUAGUCGAGCUUUCUCGAUCUGCUCACACGUAAGUUAAACCGGUAGUUAUUACAUUAAAAUAUAAUGAGUUUAUGAAACUUUUAACAGUAAAAUUUUCACAAUUAAGACGUUUACGUUAUACAUUGUAACAAUGUCCGGAUAUAUGUUCGUUACAUACAUCCAUACAUCUGUAUAUUUUACGCCAAAAAGCGACUUCAAUGCGCGUGAAGCGUGAACACACAACGGUAAACGAUAUGAAGUUUCUUAGAAUAUCAGCCUUUAACUGUCCACUGCUGAACAAAAGCCUCCCCCUUGGGGAGUUUUGCCAGUAGUUGCCACGCUUGGCAGGCUGAUUGGCAACCGCAGUUAGGCUUUGGUGAUGUUUUAAGAGGGACGCUGCUGCCCAUCUUUCUAUCAUUACGUUCCUCUAGUCUUACGACACCCACAGGAAAGGAAGGGAUGGCCUAUUCUAUGCCAGUACCUCACGAAUACUAUGCCUGUUUGAAAACUUUAACAGCAAUGACACUUUCCAGGCAGGGUCUGGUCCCUUAACCCCUCGAGCGUUUAUGUGUCAUACAGCGGUACCGUACAAAAAUAUGGUACCGCACGCUAAUGCAACACCGUCUGUGGCUUAACUUGAAUUUGCAGCGUCGUUUUCAUUAAAUUUAUGUAGGUAAUAAACCAAUUUAUCUAUAAUCUCUAAUCGAAAAUUGCUAAUUUAAAAAAUCGGUGACGCAGUGGGUGUAGCGAGCUAGCCUAAAGCCGAUCGCUCUACAAGUUAAUAUAGACGCAUAUGUACUUCCAAAUGUCUACGAAACUUCACUCGUAUCCUGAGGUUGGUACCAGACAGUUCUGAUUUUUAAACACACAUGCCUGACUGAUUUGGCUUUUAACAGGAGCAGUAGCGGACAGUCAGCACACCGCAAUAGUUUAUAUUAUUGAAGCCACGGUAGUGUCGACUCUACCCGUAUUUAUUCUUGUGUUGAUCUCGAUUGAGUGCAUAGAUUCUUUAAAAUUUGAAUUCUAGUUCUGUCAGGAAGUGUAUUCGUUAAUUUCUUUUUUUUUUUUUGUUUAUAUAUAUAAUUUAGCCAAAGAGUUGUGGCACGUUGAAUGGGUAAUACGAUGUUGCAAAAUAUAUGAUUGUUGUAGCAUGAUAGCAUAGCAUGAUAGCAUAGAUUGUUUUAAUUCAAAAGUAAAUUUAAAAUUUAAUAAGAAUUUAUUGUUUUUUUUUUAUUAAAAAUAUUAUUCCUUAUUUUUAAUUUUACUCAAUUGAACCGCAAAUAAUUGUCUGUCGUUUAUCUGUAAACUAGAUUGGAAAAAGAUAGAUUGAAGUGAUCGUUCAUACCUUUGAACUGACCUAUUCGUAUGGCGUAUUCAUUACAAUUUCAAUAGUAGAUAAAAACUAUACUAAAUAUGCUAUAUUCAUCCGGCUCGAAGGACUAUGGUCCUUCGAGCCGGAUCGAUGAAUGAAGGAGUGUAGUCCUUCGAGCCGGAUGAAUAGACAACAACUAUCAAAAAUUAUCCGCUAGAUGCGUUGUUAAGUUUUCAAUAUAAUAAGUGAUCAAUCCCGGGACAUUUCAAUAGUAAAAAAAAAACAUAGUAAAUUACACAAUAUAGUGAUAAUAAAAUUAGAUAUAUUUUUUUUAUACAACUUAGAAUGGCAAACAAGCUGACGGCCCACCUGAUGGAAAGUGGUAACCGUCGCCUAUAGACAUGAGCAGUACCGUGGACAUAACAGAGUGUACUGUUUCGCCCAUGAUACCCCCCAUGCGUUGCCAUUCCUGAGAACUCAGGUGUUAUUCCUCCGUACCCAGUAAAUUCACGCCAUAUCCCAUUCUUCAAACCGAAACACAGCUAUGCAAACACAACUGCUUCACGAUAGAAACACGAAUGUGACAGAGGUGGCCAAGCGAGCCACUUUUGUACAAAGUCUCCCUCAUAAAUUUUAAAUUAAUAUUUCAUAUCAAAUACUAUGUAAAAUUAGAAAUUAUAUGAAGUAAUAUUUUGUAUUCGUUCAAUAUCCACACUUGGUUUCGAGUUUACAAAUGAAUAACUCUUGCAAUAGAUAAAAACUAUUUGUAAUAAAAAAUUGUUAUAAAUUUAAUGACAAAAUUGAUUCUUUUAAUAUAUUUUUGUGUUUUAUUGUAAAAAUUUUGUUAUGAUAUUAUUGUAUUAUUUUUAAUACGCAAUCGGGAGUUAACGCGAUUAACAUUAUAUAUAUAUAUAUAUAUAUAUAUAUAUAUAAUUGUUUAUAAUUACUCUCAAUCCAAAGGUUGCCUGGAAGAGAUCGCUCUUAGCGAUAAGGCCGCCCAUUGUUUCCUCACUGUGAUUAUUUCUUGUAAUUGUUUGUAUCUAUAAUAAGUUUACCAUUGUUCACAAAUAGUUGCAACCGAAUGGCUUUGUUGCAGUCGCAUUUAUUAUUGGAUCACGCUGUGUGCACAUGUUGUGGCAAGUUUACCUGAUCCAAUACAUUAAUGUACUUGUUUGUAAAGUUUGUAUUUGUAAACUUCUGUUAUGUGCGCCUAAUAAAUAAAAUAAAAAUAAAAAAAAAAAUUGUAAUCUUUUGGAAGAAAGUGUAUCUAUCUAUCUAUGUAUGUAUUAUUUACUUUACCAAAGUUUUUUUUAUCGCUUUAAAUCCCGAUUGUGUAUUAAAAAUAUAAAUAAGAUGUCACCCGCAUCGUUCAACGACGGAAUACCGUGACAAUUUGUUGUAAAUUAUUGUGUUUGUAAAUGUAAGCUUCUAUCCAAUUAGCGUAAAUAAAUAUGUGAUAUGUUUAA